GUGAGUCGAGCGGGAAGUUCGCGGCGGGCGGGAAAACACUGAGGUAAAACGGGAACCGAACAGAACCGGGACCGAAACCGGAACCGGAACAACCGGAAGCGAAGAGAUGGAGCGGGUCCGUGAGCUGCGGGCGAUGCUGAAGGGAUGGGAGACGGAGUUUGAACGGGAGAACGGACGGAGACCGGGAAAGGCCGACGUGGCAGCAGCUUCAGAGGACCUCAGACGGCUGUGCCAGGAGUACCGGGAGCUGAAACAGCAGAAGGAGAAACCAGUGGAAGAGCAGGUUUCCUGCUGGGGCUCCCACCUGAACCGCCGUCCCAAGGCUCCCAAUGUGAGCAGAGCCCGACCAGCCCCGGCCAUAGAGACCUAUGGGAGCAGGAUCAAGGCCAACGUGGGACCUGCACUACAGGGGACAGUGGGGUCUGAAAUGGGGACGGUGGGAGCAAUAGGGACAAUGGGACGUAAAAGGGUGACGGUGAGAAGGAAGAGAGGGACAGUGGGGGCUGAAAUGGGGGCUAUGGGGUCCCAAAUAGGGACUAUGGGGUGUGAAGGGACAUUGGGGUCUGAAAUGGGGACAGUGGGACCCCAAAUGGGGCCAAUGGGACAUAAAGGGCCAUCGGGACGGCACCGUGAUGGCAUCCCAAAGGACAGCAUUGAUCUGCAUGGGGCCAGGCCCAAAGCUGCCCAUAGGAACAGGCCGUGCCCCAUUGAUGACCCCAAUGAUGGCCCCAUUGAUGACCCCAAUGAUGGCCCCAUUGAUGACCCCAAUGAUGGCCCCAUUGAUGAACCCAUUGAUGGCCCCAUUGAUGACCCCAAACCCAAAGCUGCCCAUAGGAAGAGACUGUGCCCCAUUGACGUCAAUGAAGAUCCCAAUGCUGACCCCAAACCCAAAGCUGCCCUUAGGAAGAGGCCAGACCCCAUUGAUGGCCCUAUUGAAGACCCCAAUGAAGACCCCAAACCUAAAGCUGCCUAUAGGAAGAGGCCAGACCCCAUUGAUGGCCCUAUUGAAGGCCCCAUUGAUGGCCCCAAACCCAAAGCUGCCCAUAGGAAGAGACUGGGCACCACUAACGUCAAUGAAGACCCCAAUGCUGACCCCAAACCCAAAGCUGCCCGUAGGAAGAGGCCGUGCCCCAUUGAUGGCCCCAUUGAAGGCAAUGAAGACCCCAAUGGUGACCCCAAAGCUGCCCCAAAGAAGAGGAGAACGGCCCCACGUCCAUCCCAAAACCUGCUGGGGGACUGUGAGGAGGGGGACGAGAGCAAUAGGGUGGGCAGCAGAGCCACGUAUAACAGGGCCCCUCGUCGACCCCAAGGGAACUUUGUGCGGCUGAACCUGAAGCGCAGAUCCCAUGUGAAGGGGGCGGCACUGAGGGGACGGCGGCUCCGGAAGCAGGUGUGGAAGGGGAAAUGGCGGCUGAAGGCGCCGUGGGUCGGAGGCGGCGGAUCCGUGGGUCGGGAUCGGUGCUUCAAGUGUGGGGCAGUGGGACAUUGGGCAGCACAGUGUAAGGGGACAGGCCCCACAUCCCAGCUCCCCCCACCCCAUAACAACGAGGAUGAGGAUGAAGAUGAAGAUGGAGCCCCACUGCCAACCAUAGAGGAGGUGGCACGACAGACCAACACCAGCUAUAGUAUAGGGCCCUGGCUCUCGACGCUGGUGCUGCUCCCCACGGGGUUGGGGAAGUCUCUGUGUUAUCAGCUCCCGGCUUAUCUCUAUCACAAACGAUCCCGCAGCGUCGCCAUCGUCGUGUCCCCAUUGGUGUCACUGAUGGACGAUCAGGUCUCCUCGUUACCCCCCUGUCUCAGUGCCGUGUCCCUUCACUCCCACCUCCCCCCCUCCCUCCGUUCCUCCUCCCUCCGUCUCCUUUGUUCCGGUUCCGUCCCGUUGCUGCUGGUUUCCCCCGAGGUCCUGGUUGGUUCCGGCUGUUCCGUGCUCCCCCCCCAGCUGCCGCCCGUGUCGUUCGCCUGCAUCGACGAGGCGCAUUGUGUGUCCCAAUGGGCGCACGGCUUCCGGCCCAGCUACCUCAGGGUCUGCAAGGUUCUCCACGAUCUCUUUGGUGUCCGUUGUUUCCUGGCUCUCACAGCCACAGCCACGUCACAGACAGUUCAGGACAUUGCGGCUCAUCUUCGCAUCCCGCUGCCCCACGGCGUCGCCGCCCGCUGCACCACCGUGCCCCAUAACCUGCGUCUAUCUGUGUCUAUUGAGAGGGACCGGGACCGGGCCCUCGUUAAGCUGUUACGUAGCGAGCGUUACGCCAGGCUCAGCUCCAUCAUCGUCUAUUGCACGCGAAGGGAGGACACGGCCCGCGUGGCCGCCAUGCUGAGAACCUGCCUCCAGGAUCAGCUGCCCCAUAGGAACACCCACGGACCCAAUGGCGGCCGCAUCCUCCACCCGGAGCAGAUCGCGGCCGCGUACCACGCGGGGCUGUCGGCCUCAGAGCGGCGCCGGGUCCAAUCCGCCUUCAUGAAGGGUCGGCUGAGGGUGGUGGUGGCUACGGUGGCUUUUGGGAUGGGGCUGGAUAAGGCCGACGUCCGGGCCGUGCUGCACUACAACAUGCCCCGAAGCUUUGAGGGAUACGUACAGGAGAUCGGCCGCGCCGGGAGGGACGGGGAGACGGCCUGGUGUCAUCUGUUCAUUGACCACCAGGGCUCGGACCGGCUGGAGCUGCGCCGUCAGGUCUUUGCUGACGCCCUGGAUCCCUACAGCAUCAAGCAGCUGGUUCAGGCCAUUUUCCCCCCGUGUAAAUGCAGGGAGCUGCAGCGACGGCGCCUCCAACUCAAUGCUGGUGCUGAAGUGAGCGACGCAGAGAUGGCCGCCGUGGUGACGUCACAGGAGGGCGAUGAUGUCACGGGGUCACGCGAAGACGGCCAUGACGUCAUUGAGGAUGGUGAUGACGUAAUAGAAGAGGAUGAUGAUGUCAUCGAGGAGGAGGAUGACGUCAUGGUGGACCCGGAAGGGGCGGGGGAGCAGGAAAGGGUGUGUUAUAAACAUGAGAGGGGGAUCCCCAUUGAGAAAACAGUGCAGGAACUGGACGUCAGGGAGGAGGUAUCCAGCUGCCCCCCAUUGGCCGUGGCUCUGGCUCUGGACCGUGUCUCUGGCGCCCCCCAGUGGCCGUCGGGCACGUUGCAGUUUGACGUGGUGGAGCUCAGCGACCGCAUGGGGUGGGAACUGCCCAGCGUUAAGAGGGCACUAAGGGGGCUGAAGGACCAACACCAUGGUUCGGUUCAGGUCCAGUUCUCGUCCCUCAGUUUCCACGUCCGUUCCUAUGGGGACCUGAGCCCCACAGAACUGGACUGGGCCUGCAGCUUCCUGCGGCGCCGCCUGGAGGACCGACAGCGGGGGGCGCUGCGGCACAUCAACCACUGCCAUAGAGUCUUACACAGUGUCGCCUUUCAGGGCUGUGACCCCCAACCUGCUGAGGAGGAAGAGGAGGAGCGGAGCCGGAGGCUGAAGGCUGCACUGCAGGAGUACUUUGAGAUGGAGACACACGGCCAUGGAGGGGGGGAGGAGGAGGAGGAUGAAGAUGAAGGCCUCAGUGAUGCCGAUGCCGCCCAUGUCCGUUCCUGUCUGCGCCGUUUCCUGUCUGUCCAUCAUGGCUCCCGCUUCACCCCACGCUCCAUAGCCCGGAUCUUCCACGGCAUCGGCAGCCCCUGUUACCCCGCUCAGAUUUAUGGCCGCGACCGGCGCUUCUGGAGGCAGCACCUCCAUGUUGGAUUCAACCUGCUCACCAAGAUGGCCGCCCAGGAGAUCAUAGCGCUCAAUGGGAUCCCAUAGACAUCAAUGGGACCCCAUAGAACUCAAUGGGACCCCAUAGAACUCAAUGGGACCCCAUAGACAACAAUGGGACC